AUGCAGCUGGCGUUCUUGAUACCAUGCCGUAUAGCCUACGUUUGUUUGAUAGCUUUAAGAUAUGAAUCUUCCUACAAAGGUCUACGAAAUAAUCAAUUAAUAAUUGAAAUUGGACCUAGGUUCAAUUUUUCGACAGCUGAUUCAAGUAACUCAGUCCAAAUUUGUGAUAGUGUAGGUCUCCGUGAUAUUGUUCGCCUUGAAUAUUCGACCAGAUACCUCAUUACUUUUGCCCAAGCUAAAAAUGUGUCAAAAAAAUUGUUGGGAGAGUUGGCUGUGCCAUUGCAUGAUAGAAUGACUCAAUGUAUAUAUACUAAAGAAAAUCUCCCUAGGAUAAGUUUUAAUGAAGCUUUACCAAAGGACUUAGAGCCAUGGUAUGUGGUACCCUUAAAAAAAGAAGGUAUGAUAGCCAUGAAAGCUGUGAAUCAAAAACUGGGUCUUGCUUUUGAUGACUGGGAUAUGGAAUUUUACAUGGAUUUGUUUGUAAACAAACUGGAAAGAGAUCCUACAAGUGUAGAGUUAUUUGACCUGGCGCAGAGUAAUAGUGAACAUUCAAGGCAUUGGUUUUUCAAGGGCAAGAUAAUACUAGACGGAAAAGAGAUAGAUGAUUCUCUCAUAGAUAUGGUUGCCUCAACCCAAAGGACAUCAAAUAAUAACAAUGUUAUAAAGUUUGGUGACAAUAGUAGCGCCAUCAAAGGUUUUAUUCAUAAGAAACUUCGGCCAAGCAAUGUAUGUGGUCCAUCUAUGGUAGUUGAUGAGACAACAGAAUCCGAUAUAAUCUUUACAGCUGAGACUCACAACAUGCCAACAGCAGUGGCCCCCUUCAGUGGAGCUACUACUGGUACUGGAGGACGGAUUAGGGAUGUGCAAGGUGUAGGCAGAGGUGGACAUACCAUAGCUGGUACGGCAGGCUAUAGUGUUGGCAACUUACUCAUUCCAGGUUAUGAUCUGCCAUGGGAAGAAAAAAAUUGGCAAUAUCCCAAUAAUUUUGCGACCCCACUUCAAAUUAUUAUUGAUGCUAGCAAUGGUGCUUCAGACUACGGAAAUAAAUUCGGAGAACCAGUAGUAUCAGGUUUUGUUCAGUCAUAUGGCUUGAAAAAUGGAAGUAAUGUAAGAGAGGAAUUUGUAAAGCCAAUAAUGUUCAGCGGUGGUAUAGGAUACAUGCCCCAUAGAAUGAUUAAAAAGAAUAAACCUAAUAAAGGCAUGUUGCUGGUGAAAGUGGGAGGUCCAGUAUACCGUAUUGGGGUCGGUGGGGGGGCGGCCUCCUCGGUAGCAGUGCAGGGAGGAGAUGCCAGAGACCAUGAUCUUGAUUUUGGAGCUGUGCAAAGAGGCGAUGCCGAAAUGGGAAACCGCUUAAACAGAGUUGUGCGAGGUUGUUUAGAAGCUGAUAUCAAUCCAGUGGAAUCAAUACACGACCAAGGCGCCGGAGGCAAUGGCAACGUGCUUAAGGAAUUGGUGGAACCUGAAGGUGCAGUGGUAUUCACGAAGGAAUUCCAGCUGGGCGAUCCCACCAUCAAUACUUUAGAGCUUUGGGGAGCAGAGUACCAGGAGAAUGACGCUCUGCUUUGUACGAAGCAGAAUAGGCCUAUACUUGAGGAGAUUUGCUGUAGAGAAAGGUGUCCCGUUUCUUUUGUCGGCGAAGUGACUGGCGAUGGCUACAUGAGCCUUGUAGAAGAUUCUUAUAAAGAAAUCUACAUACCAAGGGAGAAUAGGCUCAAGCCUGAUGUAAAAUCUAAGUUGCCAUAUGAUUUACAUUUAGAAGCUGUUUUGGGUAAUAUGCCACGAAAAACAUUUAAUCUCCAACAGGAUAUAGCACCAAAGAUACCACUAGCUUUGCCUGAAGGCAUCACUGUGGAAAAGGCUCUUAACAGAGUACUUAGGCUGGUCAAUGUGGCUAGCAAGAGAUACUUGACUAAUAAGGUCGACCGCUGCGUAACCGGACUGGUGGCGCAGCAGCAGUGCGUUGGGCCGCUGCACACGCCGCUCGCGGACUGCGCCGUGGUGGCGCUCUCGCACACGGAGCUGGUGGGCGCUGCCACGUCCAUCGGCACGCAGAACGUGAAGGGCCUGCUGGAGCCAGCGGCCGGGGCGCGCCUAUCCCUCGGCGAGGCGCUCACCAACCUGGUAUUUGCUGGUAUAACAGCGCUGGAAGAUGUAAAGUGCUCGGGUAACUGGAUGUGGGCGGGCAAAACUGGGGCCCAGGGUGCCUCUUUGGUCGUUGCGUGUCAAGCUCUCUGCAAAGCCAUGAGCGAAAUCGGAGUGGCCAUUGACGGUGGGAAGGAUUCGCUUUCCAUGUGCGCCAAUGUAGCAGGCGAGACGGUCCGAUCACCUGGCACCUUAGUGGUUUCCACGUACGCUCCGUGUCCAGACAUCACGGUGAAAGUGGAGCCAGCACUUUUACAGGAAGGCUCUGCCCUUAUUCAUGUACCAGUAUCGCCUGGGAAAUACAGAGUCGGCGGUUCUUCGCUAGCGCAAUGCUACAAACAACUUGGUGACAAUCCUCCAGAUCUAGAUAAUCCAUCAGUACUUAAGUCAUUAUUCAAAACUACCCAGAAAUUACUCAAAGAGAAAAAACUGCUGUCUGGCCAUGACAUUAGUGAAGGUGGUUUUAUAACUACAAUAUUGGAAAUGGGCAUUGGAGGAAUUAGAGGUCUGACUAUUGACCUGCAAGUAGAAAAGGGGGUACCUGUUAUUGAUGCCUUGUUCAAUGAAGAGUUAGGCAUUGUCGUUGAGGUUGUCCAAAGUGAUGUCACUUAUGUGCUUGAUGAGUACAAGAAGAGUGGCAUACAUGCUAAAGUAGUCGGAACUACUGGAAAAUAUGGAAUGCUCUCAGAGGUCCUAGUAAAGGUGAACGACGAUUGUGUUCUUAAAACGACACUAAUAAAUGUAUUCAGAAUGUGGGAGGAAACAAGUUACCAACUCGAGCGCCUCCAAGCAAACACCCUCUGCGUCAAACAGGAAUGGCAAGGACUGGAAAAGCGAAAAGGAGUAACAUACAAAGUGACAUUCGACCCUUCUGCAGCUGUUGUCAAAUCACACUCUGUGAAAGUUGCUGUGAUACGUGAAGAAGGAACUAAUGGUGACAGAGAAAUGAUUGCGUCACUGAUGAUGGCAAACUUUGAAGUUUACGACGUGACUAUGAGCGAUCUUCAAUCAAAGAAAAUAACAUUGGACGCUUUCAAAGGCUUGGUGUUCCCCGGUGGAUUCAGUUAUGCAGACACUCUUGGAUCAGCCAAAGGCUGGGCGGCGGGCAUUCUGUUCUCGGAAAACUUGCGCUCCCAAUUCACCCAUUUCAAGAAUAGAGACGACACAUUCUCUUUGGGCGUGUGCAACGGUUGCCAGUUGAUGGCGUUGCUGGGCUGGGUGGAUGUGGACCAUUCAGCCAAGUUUUCUGACAAGACGCAGAUAUUCCUUGAUCACAAUCUCUCUGAGAGGUUCGAGUGCCGCUGGAGCGCCGUGAGGGUCAGCGAGAGGGAGGGGGGCGACGUGUGGUUCCGCGGCAUGGGGGGCAGCGUGCUGGGCGUGUGGGUGGCGCACGGCGAGGGCCGCUUCACGUUCGCCGAGGGGCGGCUCCUGGGCGCGCUCAAGGCCAGAGGCCAGCUGGCGAUGCAGUACGUGGACGACGACGGCGCCCCCACGGAGGCCUACCCGAUGAACCCGAACGGGAGUCCCGUGUACGACUAUGGCGCCCCCACGGAGGCCUACCCGAUGAACCCGAACGGGAGUCCCGAGGGCGUGGCUGGCGUGCGUUCGCGCGACGGCCGCCACGUGGCGAUGAUGCCGCACCCGGAGCGCUGCGUUCUACGCUGGCAGUGCGCCGUGCCCCCCCCAGCCACAAACCCCGCCAGCCAAGCAUCGCCCUGGCUCCGGCUAUUCCAGAACGCCUACCUCUGGGCCGCAGACAAUCAGCAG